GUUCAAAGUUGGCAUCUAUGCAAUAUACUCUUGGUGUAGAGAAUCCAGCUCCAAGGCCCAGAAAUGUCCUGCUCAUUAUGGUGGACGACUUGCGUCCAGCCCUCGCUCCCUACGGGGACCGUGUCGCCAUCACACCAAAUGUCCAACGAUUGGCUAACACGUCCGUCUUAUUCUCUCGGGCUUACGCGCAACAAGCCUUGUGUGCACCGAGCAGAAAUUCCAUGCUGACAAGCAGGAUACCUGAUACCGUCAGGCUCUACGACUUUUAUUCCUAUUGGAGGAAUUCUUCCGGAAAUUUCACGACUCUUCCUCAAUACUACAAGGAUCAUGGCUAUACAACGGUAUCCGUGGGAAAAGUGUUCCAUCCUGGGAAAAGUAGCAACGGAAACGAUGAUGAACCUUACAGUUGGUCGAAAGAGCCUUACCAUCCAUCGACCGAGAAAUACAAGGAGAGCCCGGUCUGCCUUGACCGAGAUGGAUCCCUUCACAAGAACCUCGUGUGUCCCGUGGAUAUAAAGGAAAUGCCAGAAGGAACACUGCCAGACGUCCAAAGCACCGAAUUUGCCGUGAAGAUGCUGAACGACUUUGCAAGAAACGAUUCUAGGUCCCCGUUUUUCCUGGCUGUCGGUUACCACAAACCGCACGUUCCCCUCAAGUAUCCCAAAGAAUUUCUCGAUUUGUACCCCUUGGAGAAGAUGCCUUUACCGGAUUAUCGGAGGAAACCGCCGAAAAUGCCUCUGGUCGCAUGGAACCCAUGGACGGACCUCAGAGAAAGGGAAGACGUUCGAGCUCUCAAUCUCACUUUUCCCUUCCAGCUUAUACCAGACGAUUUCUCGAGACGAAUCCGUCAGAGCUAUUACGCAGCGACGUCUUACAUGGACAGUCUCGUCGGUCAGCUCUUGGGGAAUCUCACGGACCUGGGCCUCAGGAACAACACUAUUGUCGUCCUUCUCGGCGAUCACGGCUGGUCUCUGGGAGAGCACGGGGAAUGGUCGAAAUACAGCGACUUCGAAGUUGCCACUCGUGUGCCUCUCCUCUUUUCUGUACCGGAUCUGGUACGAAAAGGUCCUCGAAUCGUGAAGGACCCAGUGGAACUGACAGACCUCUUCCCCACCCUCGUCGAUUUGUCCGGUCUCCCCAAAUUGCAAAAGUGCCCGAAAAAUGAUUUGUCUCGUUCCGUUCCCCUUUGCACCGAAGGCGUGAACCUGUCUCCCCUGAUCCGGAAUCCCUCAUCGACGAACCAUCGCCCGAGAUCGAACGACAUCGAAGACGGAAGCCCUCGCAUGACGACCGCAGCCUUCUCGCAAUAUCCUCGGCCGGGGAUCCAACCGGCUCGGGACUCGGACAAACCCAGGCUGAAACACAUCCGCAUCAUGGGAUAUUCCAUUCGAACCGAGCGCUAUCGCUAUACGGAAUGGGUCGCCUUUUCCCCGAAAAACUUCACGGCGCAUUGGGACGAAAGGUUUGCCGUGGAACUCUACGACCAUCGAUCCGACCCCGAUGAGAACUUCAACGUGGCUGAAUCGAAGAAGCACUCACGCCUUCUGAAAAAGCUCUCCGCUGCAUUGCGGAAUCGAGACAGAGUUCCCACCAGAUUGUAA